AUGGCAGGAACUUGGCAAAUGCAGCAGAAACGGUCCUCGGCAUCUGAUUUUCCUCCUCCCUCUGUUAUACAUAACAUUGAUACAAAGCUCGUCUGUCAGGAAAAGCAGAAUCCCAACUCCCCAAGGCCACAAGAAGUGCAUCUCACUCGCUCGAUACAAGCCACUUCGGUCGCGGACUCUUCUGUCGCGGUCCCAACAUGGCUGAAGAUACAGCAAUGGGCAGCAAGAGCUCAUGCCUCCGAAUGGGGCUUUGCAACAGCGGCUUAUCAAAUAGAAGGGCCUGUUGCGAAGGACGGCAGAGGCAUAUCCAUUUGGGAUACCUUCUGCCAUCUCGAACCAAGUCGGACCAAGGGAGCCAGUGGCGACAUUGCUUGCGAUCACCAUCACCAGUAUGAGGAAGACUUUGAUCUUCUUUCCAAAUAUGGCGCCAAGGCGUACCGGUUUUCUGUGUCUUGGUCCCGCACUAUUCCCCAAGGUGGCAGAAACGACCCCCUGAACGAACAAGGUGUUUCAUUCUACAGCAGACUCAUCGAUUCUCUUGUAAAAGGGGGGAUCACACCCUGUGUUACUCUUUAUCACUGGGAUCUGCCUCAGGGACUCCAUGACCGUCAUGGUGGGUGGCUUGAUGUUCAAGAGUCUCAGUUGGACUUUGAGCGGUAUGCAAGAUCUGCUGGGCGCCAUGCGCCAGGAAGAAGCGGCACAAACGACCUGUCAGAAGCGGGCAACAGUGCUACUGAGCCUUGGAUCGCGGGGGAAGCACAGAUUUUGAGCCAUGUUCGCGCCGGUAUUGCCUACAACAAGGAGUUCAAGCCCUCUCAGGCCGGUCAAAUUGGCAUAUCACUAACUGGUGAUUACUAUGAGCCUUGGGAUAGCACAGACUCUCGCGACAAGGAGGCUGCUAAGCGACGGAUCAAGUUACACAUCGGCUGGUUCGCCAAUGCUAUCUUCCUGGAGACGGACUACCCUAGCUGCAUGCGUGGGCAACUGGGUCAUCGUCUUCCAAUUGUCACCGAAGCCGAGUUUGGUCUCCUGAAUGAAGCAGAAAUUGAUUUCUACGGGAUGAACUACUACACAUCACAGUUUGGUCGUCAUGGAGAGGGGCACGUACCAGAUACCGACUACGUGGGCAACCUGGACGAGCUGCAGCACAACAAGCAAGGAACCCCCGUGGGCGAAAAGAGCGCCAUACACUGGCUACGUUCUUGCCCUGGCCUAUUCCGCAAACACCUGACUCGUAUAUACAGCUUGUAUGGAAAGCCCAUUUGCAUCACCGAGAAUGGCUGCCCAUGCCCCGGCGAGGAUAGCAUGGCGUGCAAGGAAGCAGUGGAUGACGCAUACCGUAUCAAGUACUUCAACUCUCAUCUGGACUCGAUAUGCAAGUCCAUUGUGGACGACGGCGCUGUCACCAAAGGCUUCUUUGCAUGGGCACACUUGGGUGAGUUCUCGACAAUUUCUCAGGAUCCGGUAGUUCACCAGCCAAAGAAUGGUCUGAUGGAUAUGGCCCACGUUUCGGCGUCACAUUCACUGAUUACAAGACCCUAA